AAAAAAAUCAUUCAAUCAAUCCUAAUUCUUCUAUUUCGAUCACGCCAAGAUCUUGUCUGAUUAUCGUCCGAUUUUUCUUCAAUUUUUAUACAUUUUUUUAUUCAAGGAUUCGGUGGUGGUAGUUGUAGUUUUAAUUUUGAUCGGAAGAAAUGGCUCAGAGAACGGAGAAAGAAGAGACGGAAUUCAAGGUGGUACCUGAAACGCUGACUCUGUGCGUCAAUAACUGUGGCGUCGUUGGAAAUCCGGCCACCAACAAUAUGUGUCAGAAGUGCUUCAACGCCACCACAACCGCCAGCUCAACGACGUCGCAACGUGCUCGUAGCAGAUCUAGCUCCUCCAGACCAGCGUCUCCUCGCGACGUAUCGGUAGAUCUGGUGUUAGAUCGGACGAUUGUGGCGUUGGAUGAAGAAUCGAAAGAAAAGGAGAGGACCGACGCGGUGGUGAUCAAAAAGGAGGUGAAUCGAUGCUCCGGAUGCCGGAAGAGGGUAGGUUUGACCGGAUUCCGGUGCCGGUGCGGAGAUCUAUUCUGCGCUGAGCACCGUUACUCCGACCGCCACGAUUGCAGCUACGAUUACAAAACCGCUGGUCGUGAGGCGAUCGCUAGGGAUAACCCGGUGGUGAAGGCGGCAAAAAUCGUUAGAAUAUGAAUUUCACACGUGUUUUCCAUAAUUCUAAAUAUUUCUGAUCGGAAAAGAAACUUGAAAACUCGGAGAAGAACGCUCGAUCUCCUGUGUUGAUCGUAGUUUCUGAAAAUUAAUUAAUUAAUCCGUUGUUGCGAGCUUGAAAAAAGUUUCAUCCGGUGGUGAUUUGAGAUGAACAUUCUCUGAAUUGAAUUGUUAGAGAUGCAACGUUAGGUCGUUUAUUGGUGUUGUAUCAUCUGUAAUGUUCAAAUAAAAAAUUCAUCUUUCCUCCUA